AUGCAUCAUCGUCCAAUCACAUUACUCUCUCUCCUACUUGGAGCUGCACACAGCAUUGCAGCUCGUCCGACCUUCCAAGAUGAAAGAAGCAGCUCCUCAUCAAUCAGUCUGAGUGCAUCUGUUCCGGAUGAUGCAGCUCUGCCGGUCUUGCAUCCUUUUGUUUCCUUCUCUAUUGAAUUUGCGUUCUUUCCGGAUUUUGCAGGAAACCUAACACAUCCGAAUCUCUUCUCGAAUCACCUGCUAGACAAUCUGGCCGAGUUGCAGGGCGCAAAGUCGUACAUUCGUGUUGGAGGAAACACUCAAGACUUUGCCCUGUAUGAUCCGAAUCUACGAGCAGCCACAAAUGCCACAUACAUUACCAGCAUUUCGACGGAUUACCCGCUGAUUUUAUCGUUUGGUCCCGCCUUCUUUGAGUCGUACUUUACCUGGCCGGACACAAAGUUCAUCCACGGUUUUAACCUGGGGAAAAAUAGCUCGACAGAUAUAGAGCUCAUGCUAGAAUCCGUGCCGGUGGCGUGUAAGGCUCUGGAAGGAGGAAAACUGGCGUAUUGGGAACUGGGGAAUGAGCCGGAUUUGUACAAGACGUCCGCACAGGGCAUCAGGAGACCGGCGAACUGGACGGAACAAGACUAUGUGAAUGAGUGGUUGAACAAGACAGCGCGGAUCGAGAAGAGAUUGGUCGAGGCGUGUCCUGAGCUCGCAGACUCGAAGUACAUUGCGCCUUCAUUCGCUGGGGUCACCAACAGCUUGAAUCCCGUGGUGACGUGGGAGAAAGGCCUAGACAACAGCCGGAACAUUGCCCUCAAUUCCGAACACAACUACAUCGGUGGCGCCACUCAGCCGGGAGUAACACUGCAGAAUACGCUAAUGAACCAUACUAAGACGGUGGAAAGCGUCGCACAACAGGUCAACGUCUCACGGCGCGCCUGGACUGUCCAAUUCAUUCGGGGCUGCACUUUGGGGGUAGACUUCAACCUUUACUGCGCCUCGCAGAACAUCCGCCGAACCCAUAUGCAUCAGGGAAGUAAUUACAAUUACAUCUCCUGGCAGCCAGUGGGAACGAAUCGUACAUCCAUAGGCACGAAGGCGCCGUAUUACGGCAAUGCCAUGGUGGCGGCCAUGCUCCACGGCGGAGACGAUGUCCGAAUUGUCAAUCUCCCGCUGGCCGCGGAUACGGAAGCCGCAUAUGCCGCGUACGUGAAUGACUCUCUGGUCCGAGUGGCUGUCAUCAACCUGGUGGAGUUCAACUACACCUCAACCGAUUCGAUAGCGGAGAAAGUGGAGAGCAGACCCAGCGCGAAGUAUACGUUCCAGUUGCCUUCAUCUGGAUCGGUGUACUCCGACUCGGUUUCAGUGCAGCGGCUGAUCGCGAACGGCAGCAACGCCAUCACGGGGAUCACCUGGGACGGCUGGUCUUACAAUUACGAGCUGGCACAGGGUAAGCCAGUUCGAUUGCAGAACGUAACGAUUGGAGAGGCGAUCUCGGUGGGCGACGAUGGGGUUGUGGAGAUCGAGAUCCCCUACUCCAGCGCUGCAAUCCUCAGUCUGUGAAAGGUCAUCCGGUGUGGGCCGAAGAGGCUGUAACAAUAGGGUAUGCAUGGUAGAAGAUAUCUAUCCGCGGAACUCUGGCCUCCGUAUCAUUCAUGAUGCGGCUCCCACGCGGUUAGCAUCCGUGGAAAGGAUAGCCAGUCUGCACCUUGUUAGAUCAUAAUAGUCCAAAUGGUGCUUAGAACAGAAGAGGAAAGCU